AUGGGCACUGUACAUUACUUUGUUCUUCUUCUAAUUUUCUCGACAUUUACUGGCCUAGCGUUUACAAGUGUCUCUCUGACUGUUGAAGGAGGAGAGAGUCUGGUUGGUGAACACUGUCCUGGGACUGUCAGACUGUUCUGUGAGGGAGUGGACCUCACACUGCUACAGUGGAGGUUGUACUACAAUGAUAGCACAUAUUCUUCUGAGAAGUUUGUGUCGGAUAGUGUGAAUGGUACCAAAAAAGUUUUUAUCAAUUCAUCAUUGGGCUCUGCAUCUGUCGAACUUGUUCAAGUAUCACAGCACAGUUCUAAAGUUUUUGCAAAUUUCUCAUUAAUUCUUAUUUUAGAACUUUCUCAAAUAGCCACUGAAAUACACAGAAUCAGCUGUGGUGAUCCAGUAAACAACAAUGACACUUCGGUGAACAUCUCAAUAGUAAAAGAAACACUGCCCGAUGUCUCCAACUUCAGUGUAAGAAUCAAUACAUCAUCUGUCCCCUCUAUGGUUAUACUGGCUGUCACUUGGAAACAAUACGCUGAAUGUUCUCAAUAUCAGGAGGAGAUCCUUUACAAUCUUUCCCUUCUCUAUGAAAAUACAAGCUAUAGCAAAAGUGUGAGCAGUAGUGUAUGUACACCAACUUGCUUUGUCCCCUUUGAAGUAUUGGUGACUGGAAAUAACAGGAUCUAUGUUGCCACCCUUCAAGCUAGAAACAGCAUAGGGACUAGUAAUAUCACUACAUACAGUGGCGUCAUACCAGCUGGUGCUAUCGUGUGUGAUACUCCUUCUACUCCUAUCAACGAGAGCCUUAGAAUUUUAUCUGCUGAAUCUGGUUUAAUGGAGGGGUCAAAGAUUGUGCUCCAGUGUGACGAUAGUCUACUUCCCAGUCACCCAAGAACAGCAACUUGUGUUCAAGUUUUAGGAAGAGGAGAGUGGGUGCCUAAUCUUGCUGACCUGCAUUGCGAAGGUGUCUUACACAAGAUAGCUUCUGAAUUAUUAUAAUUUUGUCCUCAAUGUACAGCACCCAUUACUAACGAAUCAGUUCAUAUCAAUACGUCUUGUGUAUCAGAGAAAGAUGGCCACUCGUUAUCAAUUGCUGAGAUUACAGGAAUGAGCACAGGAAUAACAUUCUUAAUGGCAACACUCCUUGGAUUCCUCUCUGGACUCUUAGUGAUGCACCUUUCCUCUCGUAAGAAGGCAGUGUUUUCCCCGGCAGCUGAAGGACAAGCUAACGUAGGACCCAUUGCAUCAGCUGGUCCUGUUUAUGAAGAGGUGUUACCUAAAGAGGAGAUUGAACUGAACACUAACCAGGCGUAUGGACCAUUAGGAGUAUGAAAAACAUGACUGUGUUACACUAAUAUUCCAGCCAAUUAUUAUUAUUGUGAUACAUUUGACGAGU